CUUCAUCAGGUUGCAGAUUCCCAGGACUUGCUGGUUGCCAUGCUAAUGCUGCUCGCCUUUGGAGUGCUGCUGCAAGAAAGCCUGGCCGGUCCCCAAGAUGCAAAUCUCUCUGAAGUCGGAAACCUUCCAGAAACGCCGUUAUAUAGCUACGAAAGUCUCAACUUGCCAGAGGAGCAUAUUCCAUACUUUCUGCACAACCAUCGGGCUCUUGCUGCAGCCUGUAAGCAGGACUCGCAUUGCCCAUAUAAAAAAUCCUUGAAGAAACUAAAAUCCUGCUGGGGCUAUGAGAAAUCUUGCAAGCCAGAGCACAGGUUCAGUUACCCGGGGUGUGACUAUGUUGAAACCGGAUGGGCGAACAGCAUUGAGACGGCUCAACAGAUUUUCUGGAAACAAGCUGACUUUGGCUACGUCAGAGAGCGGUUGGAUGAAAUGAGAACCCACUGCAAGCCAAUGGAAAUGGGGGAUUCCUCGCUUACCUGUUCACAGUACCUCCAGUAUUGCAGAGCUACCAACCUGUACAUAGAUUUGAGGACUGCCAAGAGGAGUCAUGACAGGUUCAGGGAGGACUUUUUCCAGAAAGGAGAAAUCGGUGGCUCUUGCAACCUUGAUGUUCGAGCGUUCCUGGCAGAAGGUCAGCGGAAGAGCCCUCUGCAGUCUUGGUUUGCUGAACUCCAGACAUUUACUCCCCUGAGUUUCAGACCCAUAGAAGACGGGAAAUGCGACAUUGUUAUUGAAAAGCCAACUUACUUCAUGAAAUUAGAUGCAGGUGUCAAUAUGUACCAUCACUUCUGUGACUUCGUCAAUCUUUACAUCACCCAGCACGUUAACAACUCUUUCAGCACUGAUGUCAAUGUUGUCAUGUGGGAUACGAGCUCGUACGGUUAUGGAGACUUGUUCAGUGAGACAUGGAAGGCAUUUACGGACUACGAAAUAAUACACUUGAAAACGUUUGACUCCAAAAGGGUAUGUUUCAAGGAAGCAGUCUUUUCGUUGUUGCCUCGAAUGCGCUAUGGCUUAUUUUAUAAUACGCCACUGAUCUCUGGCUGUCACGGUACUGGGUUAUUCAGAGCAUUUUCCCAGCACGUGUUACACAGAUUAAAUAUCACACAAGAAGGACCCAAGGAUGGGAGAAUUCGAGUCACGAUACUUGCACGCAGUACAGACUACCGGAAAAUACUGAACCAGAAUGAGCUUGUCAACGCUUUGAAGACGGUCUCAUCAUUUGAGGUCAAAGUAGUAGAUUAUAAGUACAAGGAACUUGCAUUUUUAGAGCAGUUGAGAAUCACACACAACUCCGAUAUAUUCAUUGGCAUGCAUGGAGCUGGACUCGCCCAUCUGCUCUUUCUCCCAGACUGGGCUGUCGUUUUUGAGCUGUACAACUGUGAAGAUGAACGGUGUUAUCUGGAUUUAGCAAGGCUCAGAGGUGUUCACUAUAUCACUUGGCAAAAAAAGGACAAAGUCUUCCCUCAGGAUCAGGGACACCACCCGACACUGGGGAAACAUCCAAAGUUUACUAACUACUCCUUCGAUGUGGAAGAAUUUAUGUACCUUGUGCUUUUGGCUGCCAAUCACGUAUCGCAGCAUUCGACGUGGCCGUUUAGGGUAAAACAUGAUGAAUUCUAGGUUCUCGGGGCCUGGCGUUUGUCGAGAAGGAAAAUGUCACUGUGUGGACCAAAGCAGAGGGACUGGCUGAGCCCCUUGGUGGCAGAUCUGAACAUCUGGGACUGACUUGCCAAUGGUGCACGUGCUUACAUUGGCUACUCUAUAGUCUGGUACUUUGUCUGGCAGAGGGGACUAUGGGGAUACUGUCCUGGGGCCUCCUUCCAUGAAGACUUGUGUAUAUGCUUGUGGGUGCAACGGCACACGUUGUGGAUAGCGUUGGUGACGUGGAUGGCAAUAUGCGGUGUGUAAAUGUAAGCACAUGCACAUCCUGGGGGUCAUAAACAGUGGCUGCUGUUACUGCUCUGAAGAUCCAGUUCAGCCACAUACUUUGAACCGGGGUGGCUACUAACUUGGGACUUGACCCAGCUGACAAACCCAAUAAACCAUCCCAAAUUAGCCAUCUUGAGCAGCUCUGGGUUUUAAUAUUGAUACUUAACACAUGGGGAGACUUUUUCUGCCCUGAAGGCCUUGUUUAGUCAAGAGGAAUAUAGCACGGACAUUGCUGACCUUUCUGACUCUCUCUCUUAAAUUUUAAAAGAAAUUUGGCAAUAGGUUGAGGCUGGGUGGGAUUGGAAGAAGCUUCUGUCAGAAACAACGUAACCAGGAACCCAAUUCUUGGGCAAUAUUUGGAUGAUGGUAGGGAUUUGGUUCAGCUGAUCUUUUUAGUAUCUUUGGUUUGAGACAGAGGGAGAGUGAGACUUCGGUCUGGUUGGGAAUCUGAUUUAGAGGAAUCCAAGACGCCCCAAACCUAUCUUUAUUUUUACCAGGCUCGAGCAUUGGGCCACAUUAUGCAGGGACUUUGUUCCUGGAUACUCAUUGUGAUAUUUGUCUCCACAAUAUUGUAAUGGAUUUUGCUUCACACUUGGUUGGGUUACUCUCCCUGUGAGCAGCAUGGUGGCAUCUGCAAUAUAAAGUGAAGAUUGAUGUUGCCAAUCUUAUAAGUUUCCAAACUUGCAGUGACCAGUAUCUAAUGUAAAUCGAGAUCGGGGUUUGCAAUAAAGAGUCACUUAUGGAUUCACAC